CAUAAAGCAAAAUUCCCAACUUGGACGAUUGCGUUGCAGGGGCUGAAGUGGGCGGAGGUGUCGACGGUGCGCGCCAUGGGGCCCGAGCUGGUGGCCCUGCUGCCCGAGCGCCACCUGUCGGCGCUGCCCGCGGUCGCCGCGGCCGACCUCCUGCGCGUUCGCCCCGACGCAGCCGGCCUGGCCGCCGGCCUGUCGCACGCCUUCACGCGCGACCCGGCGCGCCGCAGGGAGUUUCUCGAGAGGGUGUCCGGCGCCUCCCUGGGCGCCCGCGUGGAGGCGCUGCUGGGGACGUGGGCGGCCAACUCCGCGCCCAACGACACGGCCUACGAAGAGCUGGCCCUGCUGCGCCGCGCGGGCUCCGGCCUGCUGGCCUCCCUGCCCGCCGCGCGCCUGCUCGCCAUGCCGGAGGAGCGCGCCCAGGCCUACGUGUUCUCUCUGCGCGAGGUGGUGGUCGUUCGCGCGCGCGGAGGCGUCUGGCGCGUGGCGCCGCGCGCGCCCGCGGCUGUCGAAGCGCGCCUGGCCCAAAACGGCUUCCUGCUGGAGGGCGCGGCGCCGGGCGACGUGGCGACGCUGCCCGCGGGCAGCGAGGCGUGGGAGGCUCUGGCGCAGCUGUCGCCGCCCCCGCUGACCGCCCGCGCGCUGCUGCCGUCGCCCAAAUCCACGCCGCCGCCCCCGCUUAACAUCUCGCUGCGCCUGGCGCCGGCCGCGCUCGCGCAAAUGGCGCCCUCGAAAUUGCUGCGUGAAGCCUGGACGCCCGCCGGGGCGGGGCGCUCCGCGCGGCCGCCGAGGCGCCGCUGGGGUCUGCACGCGCCGCCGCGCUGCCUGCUGGCGCUGUCGGCCGAGGGCGCCCCCGCCGCCGCCGGGGCGCUGGCCUGGGCGCUGCCUCCCGCGCAGCGAGCCCAGCUGCGCGCGCCGUCGCCCGCCGCGCUCACCCACCGACUCGCCGCGCUUCUCGCGCGCAGAGAGGCGCGUGAGGGCGGCCACUCGGCGGCGGCCGGCGGCGCGUGGCUGCAGGCGCGCGGGCUGCUGCGCGGGCUGCGCGCUGGGGAGCUGCUGCGCCUGCUGCCGGAGCCGCUGCCGCAGCCGCUGCUGCUGCACCUGCUGAGCGCCUUCCCCGGCGACGCGACCGCGCCGCUGGCGCUCGCGCUGCUGGCGCGC